CCGCAAAACGAGCUCUGCUUCUUCUUCUUCUGAUACAAAAAACCCUAAUUUCUAUACACUCCCAAAACGGUAAAACUACAGAGAUUCUUGGUAAUCAAUCGGAGAGCUAGAGAGGAGAAAAAUCGCCAUAGCCAGAGCUUUAGAAAAUGGCGGAGAGUUUGGUACUCCUCGCGGAGCAAAAAGCCUCUUCGAAGGGGUUUUCCGUGGCCGACGCGAUGAGCGGAUCUUCUUCUCUUUUCCAGAGGAGGGUCGAGUUUCAUCCGGCGAGGAAGCCGAAGGGCUUCAGUAAUGGCGGCGAUUUUCAUAUCGAGACGCUAAACCCUGGUACUAGAUCGGAUUCGGGCCGGGCAGGGUUCGGUGCGGGUCAAUCGGGGUAUGGUGGGAAGAAAGUUGCGGGUUCUGAGGGUUCGGAGAGCGGAUUGGAUCCGGAGCUCAGUUUCGGGAUUACCUUUCGGAGGAUUGGUGCUGGUUUAGAAAAUCUGGGGAACACUUGUUUUCUCAACUCGGUACUGCAAUGUCUCACAUACACCGAGCCUUUAGCAGCAUACCUGCAAAGUGGCAAGCAUCAGAAUUCUUGCCAUGUUGCUGGAUUUUGCGCUUUAUGUGCCAUCCAGAAACAUGUUAGUCGUGCUCUGCAAUCAACUGGAAGAAGUUUAGCUCCUAAGGAUCUUGUGUCGAACUUGAGAUGCAUAUCUCGAAAUUUCCGUAAUGCUAGACAGGAGGAUGCACACGAAUACAUGGUAAACUUGCUGGAAUCCAUGCAUAAAUGUUGCUUACCUUCUGGAGUCCCUAGUGAAUCUCCUAGUGCCUACGAGAAGAGUUUGGUCCACAAGAUCUUUGGUGGUAGCCUUAGAAGUCAGGUCAAAUGCUUGCAGUGCUCCUUUUGCUCCAAUAAAUUUGAUCCAUUCUUAGAUUUAAGUCUUGAAAUAAUCAAGGCAGACUCCCUGCAUAAAGCACUUUUAAACUUCACUGCUGCGGAACUACUAGAUGGAGGAGAAAGACAAUAUCAGUGCCAGCGAUGCAAGCAGAAAGUCAGGGCUCGCAAACAGCUCACAGUUCACAAGGCACCUUAUGUUCUUACCAUCCAUUUGAAACGAUUCCGUGCACACGAUCCUGGUCAAAAGAUCGACAAGAAAGUUACUUUUGGUCCAACUUUAGAUUUAGGACCAUUUGUCAGUGAUUCCCACCAGGCAGGAGAUUUGAAAUAUACUCUCUAUGGGGUUUUAGUUCAUUAUGGUUGGAGCACCCAUUCGGGCCACUAUUACUGCUAUGUUCGGACGUCAAGUGGCAUGUGGUAUUCCCUUGACGAUAGCCGGGUUGUGCAAGUUAGUGAGAAGACAGUCCUGGAACAAAAGGCUUACAUGUUGUUUUAUGUACGCGAUAGAAGUAAUAUUGCUUCUAAGAAACCCUUGAAUGUCUUCCAGAAAGAGAGUAUCAAAGUAAAUGAAUGCGGAAAAAACACUUCUCCUUAUAACCAACCUUUAAAAAGACCAGUUCAAAAUGGAUCAACUGAAGUGAAACCAAAUGGUGUAGCCUCUUCUGUUUCUGUGGCACAAAAAGAUGCAUCAUAUGUUGUUCCACCAAGGAUACCCGUUUCAAAUGGAAAGUUGGAUCAGCCGAAGUCUGAGCCAUCAUUGACAGCAUCACUCUCAAAGGAUUCAUCAGAAAAUCCUCCUUGUCCUGAUAAAAAUCCAGCACAAUGCUUCAAGCCCUCUGGCCCACCAAGCAACAAGGAUGAUGCUCGUAAGCUUGAAACUGGCACGGAAACAACUGCUGCUGCCAGUAUAAAUGAUCUCCAAGAGAAAGGAAGUUCAACUAAAAAGUUGUGUGCAUCAGUUGUCACAUCGCCCAACCUAAAGGAAAUCCAAAACUCUGCUCCUGCUGAGAAUAUUACUGACAUUACGUCCCAGGAGGACUCUGCUGAGCCCAUUGCUUUACCACCUGAGAAGAUUGAUUCGAGUAAACAACCAGAACAACCAAACUGUGAAAAAAUUCACGUUGGAAGCAUGACAAAUGGUAAUGCCACUGAAAAUUCAGUGGAUAAGGCUAGUUCCUGCAGUCAGAAUUCAAUAAAGUCACCCGAGCCAUCAACUGUUGCAAAUGAAUUUUUACAUGUGGAAGAUUUUGAUUGCAAAUCCCACAAGAGAUUGAAAAAGAAGAUUUUAAGGCGUCAGGUUGUAAGCAUGAAUUUUCGCUCAAGUGUCUUUUUAAGGGCAUCCCUGGCUCUACAAAAGAAAAAGAAGCACAAAAGGAGUAAACACAAGACCUUGAAUACCAAAACUCGUAGAAAGGAGCUUUUGAUGGCCAGCAAUUGCUUCCCGUCAGAGUUUGGGCCAUCUACAUCUGAGAUGACACAAAAAAUUUCAACUAGUUCAACUAUUUCUCAGAGAAAGGAAGCCAAAUCAAGAGUACCAGCAACUGGUACUGCACAGAAAGAUGGAGUUAGUUCUCAUGGCGAUUCACUGAAAAAUGUUGUAGAUUCAGAAUUUAAAGAAAGAAUUGGUCAAAAUGGCUCUAUUCUUGCAACGGAUGUGCAAUUGCACAAUCAUUCUGGCUUCUCAUCGUCAAUGAACCAUCUCAAUGCUAGAGAAACUGGUAGUCCCCAGGAUUGCAAAAGGAAAAAUGGUUGGAUGGAUGUGCCCACGCGAGGUGUGGAGGAGACAGUCGUUGCCCGUUGGGAUGGGAUAGAACUGCCUUCUGCGACUGUGAAAUCUCAUGCUUUGAAGAGUGUCAGCAUCGGUUAUGUACCGGAUGAGUGGGAUGAAGAAUAUGACCGGGGAAAAAGAAAGAAGGUAAGGCAGGCUAAGCAUGAGUUUGGGGGGCAAAAUCCUUUCCAAGCAAUCGCGACCGAGAAAACAAAGUUGAAGGAGGCAAAGAUGGAGAGAUCCAGAUCAGGAAACCAGCCAUUCAGGAUAUGAUUUUGAGGUAAAACCGUGAAGACAAUUUUGACCAGCUGCGACAUUUCGUUUUGUUGUUCUUGCCUUGUUGAGAAUUGAGAUGAAAUAUAGUUAGAGGGCGAAUUUUGGGAUUCUCUGCCUUUUUGGGUUGGGUUGUGUCUUAUUGCAGAGGGUGUGAGUUGAUGAUUGUGUGCAACUCCAUUCAUGUGAGAAAUAUUUCUCAUGUAGAGAAUUGUACUAGUUUAAGGAUCCUUUACUUGAGAGAUGAAUUGAACUCCUUUAAUCGGGUAUGUUAGUGUAUCUUCCUGUCCGAAACUGGGGGAUUUUAUUGUGGUGAUUUAGUUCAACUGUUUAUCUGAAGAACCGCGAAUACGGCCAGGUUAUUAUGGGCAACAGACCGGAUAAUUUCUUGAUUUGUC